AUGCCGUUGAUCAUGCAUUCGCCUAAAUUGCAACGCCUCGGCACUGUCGAUCACAGUAGCUCCUCUCGACUGCGUGUUUAUCAAGUCUGGAAGGGGAAGAAUAUCAUAGUUCUUCUUUUUCUCACAUCUGGAAGUGAUCCUGGGAUUAUUCCCAGAAAUUCUCAGCCUCCUGACCCCGAUGAUGAUAGCUCUGGUGUAUCCGCGGAUUGGAGUAGGAAUUAUAGGUACUUCUUCAUGUUUGUGUCAUCUACGACCCUCUUAUGCUUGCAUGUUCUAUUUUCGUGCUCGCUAAACAUCAGGACAGUCAUGAACAAGCACCAAUGUACCCCGUGCAUGGCUGUCCAACAGUCACCCAUUGCGGGGAUGCUCAUCGGGUAUACUUUCGUGAUUUGCUGGUUUGUUGGAGGCCUCACUAUGUUUCACUUGUAUAUAAUCUCAACAAACCAGACUACGUAUGAGAAUUUUCGGUACCAAUAUGAUCGAAAGAUGAAUCCGUACAAUGUUGGGACUUUUAGGAACCGUAUGGAAGUGUUCUGCUCUAGGAAGCCACGUUCCCGGAAUGACUUUAGGGCAUUGGUCAGAAAUGAUUCGCUUGUUAAUUCGUACACGGGCGCGACAUCAGAUUUAGAGCUGGGAAGGCGGCGGGGCUUUGAUGCCGGUGAUUUUGAGGACCCGAGGAACCGGAUGGGUCAUUUGGGCAGACUGGAGAGGUGCAGGACACAGCCAAGACAUGAUCACUGGGAAGAACGGAGGGGCAACUGGAGAUGA